AUGGCGCCCACCGGCCUCCUCAACUCCUUCCUGGCCGCCAUCCAAGCCUCCCUCUCCGUCUUGCUGGUCAUCUUCUACGGCGGUGUGGCGGCCCAUCUCAAGCUGCUCAACUCGGCCAACACCAAGGCCAUCUCCAAGAUCUGCGUGCGUAUGUUCCUGCCCGCCCUGUUGGUGGUCAAGAUUGGCUCCGAGCUGCACGCCGGGUCGGCCCAGCGCUACCUCAUCGUCUUCGUCUGGGCCAUCGUCUGCCACCUCAUCUCCUUCGUCAUCGGCAUCGUCGCCCACCUGUGGCUGGGCAUGCCCGAUUGGACCACCGUGGCGCUCAUGUUCAACAACACCACUUCUUACCCGCUGCUCCUGAUCGAGGCCCUGGACGAGACCGGCAUCCUGCGGGCGCUGGUCGUCACCGACGAGACCACCGACGCCGCCGUCGAGCGCGCCAAGAGCUACUUCCUGGUCUUUGCGACCGUCAGCAGCUGUCUGACCUUUGCCGUUGGCCCCCGCUUGAUCGACACCGAGCACGCGCCCGAGGACGAAGAGGAGUCGAAGGGUGACGACGGCGACCCUCCGUCUGAGCGAGAUGAUGAGCGCUUUGACGCCGUCGACCGGGCCUACUAUCGCGAUCAUCCCGACGACGCCGAGCAGCCUGGCGAGGAGACCGGCCUGCUCCAGAGUCCCGGAACGUACACCUUCCCGCACCGCCCGUCGACCAUCUCCUUCGCCAAUAUCGCCGGCUACGCCGAAAACUCGUUCUUUCCGUCGACGCGCCGCUCGUCCGUCAGCGGGCGGCCGUCCCAGCCGUCCCGCCAACCGUCCCGGCGAGCCUCGGUGUCAAUGCCCCUGCACCGCCGGGCGUCCAUCGUGCCCAAGAAGCACUGGUACAAGCUGGGCCCGCGUGCCAAGUGGUGGCUGCUAUUCGUGUCGGACUUCUUUAACGCGCCGCUGCUGGGCGCCAUCGUGGGCGCCAUCAUCGGGCUGAUCCCGGCGCUGCACCGCGCCUUCUUCAACGACACGUACGAGGGCGGCAUCUUCACGGCCUGGCUGACCGCCUCGCUGAAGAACAUCGGCGGCCUGUUCGUGCCGCUGCCCGUGGUCGUCGCCGGCGUGAGCCUCUACACCGCCAUGAAAGAGGCCCGGCAGGCGUCCGCCGGAGAGGGAGGACAGAAGCCCCCGCCCAUGCCGUGGCUGACCGUGGCCUUCAUCAUGGUCGUCCGCUUCGUGUUGUGGCCCGCCGCGUCCAUCUACUUCAUCUUCGUGGUCGCGUCCAAGUCGACCCUGCUGGGCCCGGACCCGAUGCUGUGGUUUGCCAUGAUGCUGAUGCCCACCGGGCCCCCCGCGAUGAAGUUGAUCACGCUCGUCCAGGUCAGCGACGCCGAGGACGAAGACGAGCGCACCAUCGCAAAGCUGUUGACGAUUUCCUACCUCAUCUCCCCGGUCCUGAGCUUUACCGUCGUCGGAGGCUUGAGGGCCGCGCAGGCCGCGAUUCCGUCGUGA